UCACAAUCAAAGCAUCGCGUUAAAGUCGUAAUUACAGUAAUCAUGCAGCGAUGCACCUCAGCCUAACCUUUGACUCCAUAACGAUGUCUAGUAUGCAGAGCGUAACAACUAAUCAACUAAUUACACUUCAGAUGAACGCGAUGAACUACAGACGUCCUGCUGCAUUGCCUUCAUAUAUGUAGUCAUUUUAUUUAUGGGUUAUUUUCUUGACUUCUCAACGUUUCUGGUGUGUAAGUGUAGUGCCUCCCAUAGGAAGGUUUUGUGUGUGCGGCUUCAGGAGGGAGGAGUGUCUCAGUAUCCCAUCCGUGAGGAAGACUCCACAUUUUCCCUUGAAAGUUCUGCCCUGAGCUUCCCUGAUCUCUGCAGACUAGUGGCAUUUUACACCGUCAGCAGAGAUGUAUUGCCUUUCCCACUUGAGCUCCCAGAUGCAAUUAUACAGGCCACAACACACACCCAGCUUGAAAGCAUUUCGCAUUUGGGUUUAGAGUUUUGGAGCUCUCAGACGUCUCCCGGCCUUCCUAACGGCCCCCCUCCGCCCUCAGCGCCCCACCGGACAUUCAGAUUGAUCAGCCCAUGUUUCGUCAACCCCCUGUUCCUUCAGCCUCCCCAACCCAGCAGAACCGCCUCACACAAACGCCACCGCUUUAAACGCAGCCUCAGGGUCCGUGUGUCCAAUGAAACCUCUCUCAGCUUGUCGGGUGGAGAAUCGGACCUAACCCUAGGGGAGACACAAGGACAGAAUUCCAACCAGGGCGGCCCGAGACGAACGGGAGGGUUAAAUGUGCUUAGGAGGACCCCGGCACUUACGCCCACUUCAGAAGAGGAAGAUGAACAGAUGUUGGGACAGAUACCACCUAGCAAUUCUCUAUCCCAGCAAGGCAACACUGAACUCAACAAAGACACUGAAGAUGGUGAGGUAUGUCUGGCUUUGGAAAGGACUCGAGCUCCUUCCCUUGCUGAAUUGGACAGCAAUAGUUCCUUCAGCAGUCUUGAGGAGGAGGAGGCCCAAGCGGACCUCGCCCACCAAUGGCCACCAGCCGCACGUGGUACCCGUUUUCCCUCAGCAAACCCCACAUCGACUUUGCGCCGGAUGACCGCCGCCUUUGUUUGCGUGUUCGCUCCUGAGCGCCGAGUUGCCAGAUUGGUGGAUGAACUCUCGCGUGACAAGCGCUCCACAUUUGGGUCACUGGUGCAGGAUUUUUUAGAGAAGCAGAGGCAGGAGAUGGAGGCCUCAAAGCAUAGUUCUGCUGUGGAGCUGCUUCAGGGGAUGAGAAGAUUUCUGUCCCAAGCCAAAAGUCUCCUUCUGGAAGCGGGAGAAAUAGAACCUCCAAUUGAGACACUGGUGCCUGAAAACGAGAAAGAUCUUGCUCUGGAAAAGGCUCUGUUUGGCUGUGUGUUGAAGCCGCUGAAGGUUCAGCUGCAGCAGACGCUCAUUUCCCUCCACACUAAAGACGGUUCCUUACAGAAGAUCACAGAUAGCUUGCUGGCCUACCAGGAGGGGGCGCUGGAGCGCCUGGCUGUACGAGUCGGCGUCCUGGACGUUCGCGCCAUGGACAGAGCAAAGGCAAAACUCACGCUGAUGCAGCGCAGCCAUUCACCCAUUGACAAGGUGCUGCUUCUGCUGCAGGUGUGCAAGAGCGUUUACAAAGCCAUGGGAGCACAACCUGAUCAGGACGUGGGGUCUGAAGACUUCCUACCAGCGCUGUCCUAUGUGCUAGUUCAAUGUAAUAUCCCGCAACUGCUGCUGGAGACGGAGUACAUGAUGGAGCUGCUUGAGCCGUCAUGGCUGACAGGAGAAGGCGGAUACUAUUUGACGAGUGUGUAUGCCAGCCUGUGUUUGAUCCAGAGCAAGCCUGGGGCCACGCCCACCUGCAGUCUGACCAAUGAGGCCCAAGAGUACUUGAGGGAGUGGAGCAGGAGGCGGGGCCAAGAAGCCAAGACCCAGAAAGACAGUCAGCUGAAACAGAGGUUCGUGCGAGUGUUGUUCCAGGACGACUGUCGCAGUGCUGCGCGAACCCUGCUCUGGAAGGCGGGCGAGAACGUCGACUCUUUAGCCCAGAGCUGCGCCGGUGCCUUCGGCGUGACGGAGCCGCAGCACUACUGUCUGUUCUGGAGGAGCGAAGGGGAAAUGCGUCCCCUGCCGGCCCACGUUCAGCCCCACCAGCUGGCCGGGCACGAGGGAGCGUCGCUGUCCUACCUCCGCUCCGACCACGACUUCAGCAAGAUGCGCAGACUGACCAGAGGGGGCGCCGUAGACCUGGGCGAGUCGGUGUGCGAGGAGUGACGCAGGUGCACAAAAAGACUCACUUUAGCUGUCACGCUCGUGGCAGGACGGUCGUGGAUGUCGCACAGUAUUUCGAAUGCCGUGUACGUGUUCAGUUCUAUGGAUGAUGGUGAUUGUUUUCGUGUGUUCGCGUGUCGUCAGAAAGCACAAUAGCAUUUCCAACGAAUCGAAGCGAGAUACUUGGUAAUAAUGCAAAAAGCAAUAUCUGCCGAGCGCCGCCCCCCGGCGCUCUGAGAUUCGGCGGUCGCUUUAUCGAUUGGCUUGCAGAGGUGUGCAUUGCAGAGUAAUACCAAAGUGUUGACUAUAAAAGAGAAAAAAAACGAAAAAAAAAUCGAGUUAUGUUUAAACAGUACAUCGUAUUCGUGCACAUGCACUCUGUGUCUGCACUGGACGCUUGUAGCAUGCUGCAUUGAAUCGCCGGAGCUGUUUGCACUGGACGAGUCCGACGCCAGGCUCCUUCAGCUCACGCUUUCAAAACGUACGGAUAACACGAAUUGAUAGGCAUUUAUUUAGUUUAAUAUACAUCGACGUGCAUCAUUUAUUUUGGUUUCACGUUUAUUUUGUUUCAUUUAUAUAGUCAUUUUUAUUUCUUUUAAUGGGAUUUCACCCCCAAAAAUCCCAGGUAAUUCAGAUUUAAAUUUUUGCCGCCGAUUUGUGUUUUAAAACCCGCACCGGUUUCACCGAUUCAUUUAUUUUUAGAUAAACAUGUUUCAUUAAAUUAGACAAAUAUAAUACAUUUCAUAUAUGUGACAUGUAUAUAUAAAAGUUGUACCAAUUAUUUUUCGUUAAAAUAUCUAGUUGUAUAUUUUACCAAAACGUAGAGGUAUUUUACCAUUUUAUCUCUUCUGCUCACAGAGGCUGCGUUUAUUUGAUCAAAGUUGCAGUAAUAUUGGCGAAAUGGUAUUCUAAUUUAAAUGAGCCGUUUUCUAUGUGAAUGCACAUUAAAGUGUAAUUUAUUCGUUUGAUCGAAGCUGCAUUUUCAGCACCGUCGCUCCCGUCCUCAGCGUCACACCGUCCUUCGAAAAUCACACUGAUGUGCCGCUUGAGACGCACUUCUGGUUGUCGUCGAGGUUAGUAUUUUUGUGUGUUGAACUUUUUGACAAACAGCGAGUCGUAAAGAACAGCGUCAAUCUGCAACAGGAGCAUCUUUAUUGUGAAAAUUAAAGCGUUGUAUGUACAGUAACUAUAUAGUUAGAACUCGUAACGCUGACCUGUAUUGUGUGUGCGCAUAUAUAUAUAUAUAUAUAUAUAUAUAUAUAUAUAUAUAUAUAUAUAUAUAUGUGUGUGUAUAUAUAUAAGGUUAUGAGCUGGCGUGCAUCUUGAGCUCCUCCAGUGCAGACAGCUUCAGCUUCAGUGUGAAUACAGUGUGAUUCUGGAGUAUAUACACACUACAUUCAGUUUUACUUGAGGACCACCGGCCUGAUAUCUGUGUUUACUCUCUCUUUUUUUUUUUUUCCCCUUCGCAUCCUUCCGAAGGCGGACUCGUUUGAUUGUGCGAAGGAUGUCGUGAUGAUUUGUGAACACUCCUGUAUAUAGACUCUAGUGCUGUACGCCGCGUGCGGCUCCGGUUUGGGCUCGCGGCGGGCAGGUGAACGCAGACCCUGUCAGGAGGAAGGAGAGGGAGGUGAUUUCAUAGGCAGGUUUUGGUUUUAAACCGGGGUCAUAUGCCUGAAACGCUGCCGUUUGUGUCCGGACAAAUGCUGGAUUUUUACAAAAGAUUGCAUUGGGUUUUGUUUUGUUUUUCACCAUAAUUAAAACCCCGUUUAAUUGACUAAUUAUUAGCCCUGAAAUAAAGCAUGCUCACUGCCUUACACAGCAUUUUUGCACUAAUGUUCAGCUCCAAAUAAAAUACUGUGUGUGUGUGUGUGUGUGUGUGUGUGUGUGUAUGAAGAGUUCAUUUGCAGAAACAAUUUUUUUUUUUUAAAUGUUCAAAUGUUUAGUUUUUUUUAUCCUGCAUUCGAAUUAAUACCAUUCAAACAGCUGCUGGGUCGUUUUGAUUAAAUAAUAAUAACUUCAAAAUAUUAGCUAACACAAUAAAAACUAGAUUCAUCAAAAUUAGU